AACUCCUUACAUACUCAAACACCCCCUGGUAGAAAGUUAGAAACUAUAUUUAAGUCUCGGUAUUUCCGUUCGUCGAGUUUCAACUCUCCUCUACCGCGACGGACUGAUCACAAAACAUUUAAUCCAGGCCUCCGUAGUUCGACUUUGAGGAGUUCGCCUGUCAGAUCCAGUCAUGGCGGAGGAUCUAGUGCUCGACACGGCCAUCAGAGAUUGGGUGCUGAUUCCGCUCUCCGUUGUCAUGGUCCUCAUUGGAGUUCUCCGCUACUUUGUCUCCAAGCUCAUGCGCUCCUCUCCAGUCCCCGAUGCCAAAGUCGUACGAGAAGGGCAAAUUGUACUUAGGGCACGGAAUUUACGUUCAGCUGCUAAUUUUAUUCCCCAUAAGUCGUUUCGUUCCCGCAGAAUUUAUUACGGCAAUGAGGAAAAUGGGCUGCUAUAUGUUCCCAAAGGCCAGGCCCAAAAUGCACAAGCACAGAUGUUUUCAGAUCCAAAUAUGGCAAUGGAUAUGAUGAAGAAGAAUCUCUCCAUGAUUAUACCUCAGACUCUUACUUUUGCGUGGGUCAACUUUUUCUUCUCCGGAUUUGUAGCAGCAAAAAUACCCUUUCCUCUGACUCAGAGGUUCCGGUCGAUGUUACAGAAUGGAAUCGACUUGAGUACUGUGGAUGUCAGCUAUGUCAGUAGCCGUUCAUGGUACUUUCUAAAUUUGUUUGGAUUAAGAGGUUUAUUCAGUCUCAUUCUGGGCGAAGAAAAUGCAAUGGAUGAUACACAGAGAAUGAUGCAAAUGUCUGGUUUUGGCAUGGACCCAACAAAGGGUUUGAGUGCCGAGAAAGACAACUUGGACAUAGUGCAACAUGAAUGGGUUUUGCCCAAGUUUGAGCAUCGUGCUGAAGCUGUUUUGAGAAAGAUUGUCAGCUGAUUAGUUUCUGGUUCACAUGUCCUCUACUAGUAUAUUUUCUAUGAUUAUUACGAUCUAGGUACUACUCUUUUUUGGGAUUGUUGUGAAACAUAGAAAUCUGUUUUUAUCGAACAUGGAUUUUGUAACAUUAAAUUAUUUUUAGUCAAUUAAUAGCAAUUUGGAUCUUUCCAAGUCAUGGACAAUCAAUUUUUAUAAAA